AUGGCUGCCAUUGGAACUCUCGUCUUUUGCACCGACUGCGGUAACCUUUUGCCCGCGACAAAAGGUACCCAGCGAAAUGUCUUGCGCUGCGAGUGCUGUGGUGCUGAAAACAGAGAUACCGGCUCCAAAGUUACCGUCACGCAAACGAAGCCCUCCGAUUUUCCCUCCUUCUUGAGACAGAAGCUGCAGUCAACCGUCCAAUCUGUUGUGAAGCACGACGUGCGAACUGACAGUAUCGCCCAAGAAACAUGCCCCAAGUGUGGUCGCGAGGAGGUCAGAUAUACUACCGUUCAGCUGCGCAGUGCAGACGAAGGCUCUACGGUCAUGUACAACUGCGAAUGCGGUCAUAUGUGGAACGAAAACAACUAG